AUGAUUGCUGUACUCAUGUUUGGACGAUUAAUAGUUUUCCUCAUAGCCGCUCAAAUAGUAUCGGCAAGGGUAAAACCGAUCGACAUUUUCAAUCAGCCAGCGGGUGCAGAUAUUCCUCAGAUGAGAAAUAAGCAAGGCAAAAUGUUCAACGCCCUCCACAAGAACUCCUACUUAAAGUGGGAUGAACAAGAUCCCAAUGGAAAUAUUGUAAUACCGUAUGAAUUCAAUGGAUAUUUCGACGCAUCGCAAAAGAGGACUAUUGCUGUAGCUAUGAGACGCAUAGAGGACAACACAUGCAUUCGUUUCAAGAUCAGAGAGAAUGAAUGGAAUUACGUCACAAUUCUAAAUCAGGCCACACGCGGGUGCUUUGCAACUGUUGGUCGUAUGAGAGGCAGAAGCUUAUUAAUGCUAGAACACAACGAUGAAAGAUCAUGCCUGGUGACCAAAGUUGUUCUGCAUGAAUUAAUGCACGUAGUAGGACUAUGGCACGAACACCAGCGUUACGAUCGCGACAAUUAUGUCAAAGUGCAUUAUGAGAACAUUGAAAAAGGUUAUUGGAGUCAAUUCAAAAAAUUAUUACCAUACAAGGCAACUACAUACAAUGUCCCAUACGACUACAAAUCGAUUAUGCACUAUGGUAAAACUUCUUUUGCGAAGCCAGGAACAAUAAGCAUGGAGACGCUCGAUCCUAGCUAUCAGGACGUAAUCGGCAAACAAAGAGAUGCUUCUCCCAACGACUAUCGCAAGAUCUGCGAGAUAUAUCAGUGUAAGAAGUGUAUGGGCCAGACUACCGACGGUGGCACUGGCGAGAUUAAAUCAACACAGCCAACUAGAGCACCAAGUUCAACUAGUGCACCAACUGUUGGUACAAGAAUACCAAUAACUUGCAAUGAUGUACUCCCCAAGUUCUGCAGAAAAAGAGUGCGCAGAUUUGAAAUGCAGGCAGAAGAAGAUCCUGGAGGCAGCACAAAGAAGAACGAGUCUAAAGAAGUGCCGCAGGGAUCUCCGCGAAUAUAA